AAAGGGAGCGUUUCCAGAAGAUGACGGAGCCGCGCCGGUGGGCGGUGUUUGGCGGCUCGCGCCGGCCAAUCGUCGGGCCCGGGGCGCUCGGUGUCGACCACAGCUGAUCGAUGAGUCAGGGGGCGACGACAAGCCGAAAAAAGGGUCCACUUGUUGCUGCGCAGGAGCGAAGAGACUCGAGCGGCGGCUGACGGAAAGCAAACCCACCGAUUCCUCUUCCACUCGCGUUCCUCCAAUCCAGAAACCGUGAACGCGACCGGCGGCUCGCGCGCAGGCUCCACGCUGCUCCGGUGCCCGCUGCCUCGUCCGCAGCUCUCAGGUCUGAUGUCGGCCCCGUGUCCCUCGCCCUGCGGACGCGUCGGCCUGGUGUGUGGCCUCCUGCUGCUGGCCUCCUCCCCGCUGCUCACAGCAGAUUUAGCAGCUUUCCAGAUGCCAGUGUUCCCCCCUGUCCUGUCCAGUGAAAACCUCGUGCCUCCAGGCCGACUGAGCAACUGCACGCACCCUCUGGUGCCGGAACAUGGAGGGUUCCGCUGUGAUCCGUCUCCGUGUCGAGGUUUCCCCCACAAGAGCUCCAUUCACUUCUUCUGCGAGCCCGGUUACCACGUCAACAACAAGGUCCGCGUCUCCAGGUGUCGCCAUGGGAGGUGGCAGCCCCCGAUUCCUGCCUGCAUCCCCUUUAGAGAAAGUCCUAACAUGCGCUCUGACGACCGAGUGAAAGAUUCCAUGCCCAGCAUGGCCACCACGGCGGUGGGCGUGUCCAUCUUCCUGCUCACCACCACCGCCUGCCUCGUCAUCAAGUCCCGCCUCUACCCCUGUCAAUCACACAGCAGCCGGCGCUCCUCAGACCAGCUGGACCUGAUGGUGGACGGACUUCCAGUCUCCCUCCCCUCCUACGAGGAGGCGGUGUACGGCAGCUGGGGGCAGCGCCUGCCCGCCUUCUCGGCCCCGGGACCCACCCAGCUCCUGUUGGCUCAGGAGGCUCCCGUCAGUCACCCGGCGUCUCUCAACAACCAAUCAGAGGGCAGCAACUGCCAGCUCCUGCCCAGCCCCGAGAACCCCCCGCCCCCCUACCAGGCGGUCCAGUCGUCAGACCCCAGAGACAGUGCCGGCGACGUCCGGCCGCUACAUGUUUCGUUUUCCGACGACAAGGACACUUGAUUGAGAAGCCGUGGGGGUGGGGGGUGCAAUAUUUAUUUAGCUAUGAAGGAUUUUGAUUGACGCCUGCAGUGUUUACUCUGCAGAUCGAUAGAAAUAAAACCAGACUGCACUUUUCCUGAUCGGCUGCAGCUCACCAGCAUCACACGCCAGUUGAGACGACGCUGAUGAGCUCUAAUGGCGGUUCAAGGCCUGAACCAUCGAUACGCGAGGUAUCGAUAGUAUAGUGUGUUGUAUGACUGUGAGGAGGGAGCUCAUGAGCCGUAUGGGGGAAUACUUUUUGAUCCUGAAUGCCUUAUUUUGUCUGUAAUGAGAGUAUAUUUUAUUGUGCAAACAAUAUUUUAGAUGAGAAUCUUUUUAGAUAUAAGAAAAUCCCCACGCACACACUGGAAUUAGGAGGUUUUCACAAGACAGCAGUCAGAUAGAGUGUGUGUGUGUGUGCGUGUGUGUGUGCAGUUGCAGAACGAAAAAAACCUGUGUUUCCACGGCAACGGCCUCUAUUCCAUCUCUCUGUCUGAUUUUACCUUUUGUAAAGCGGUUCUCUUGUUGAUGUGUGAUGGCAGCCCAGCGGGGCAGAAGAAGUACUCUGACCCGGUACCUCGGGGAACUCGGGCAAUUGAUUGUGAACAAGCUGCAAGUUUGUGAUAUUUAUUUUGUGUAUUGCAGAUAAUUUGAGACGUGAAAAGUGGUGGUUUUUCCCGCCAUUUGUUCUUUCAGUGGCGAGUGAAGUAUAGAAUUUAUAAUAUUUUUAAUAAUUUAAAUGUACAGUAAUGAGAAUAUGAAAUAAUUGUACAUUUAUUUGCCCCGGUGGCAUCGGUGCAGACACACAAGAGACUUUUAACCGUUUUCAUUCCACAAACUGCAAUGAAAACCCAACAGGUGUUUGACCAAAUAACCUGAAACUAAUCUUCUUCUGUGUGUGUGUGUGUGUGUGUGUGUGUGUCUCUCUCUCCUCACUUCACCUGACUGGUUCCCUCUCUAACCUCUGCAGAGUGACUGACGCCUUCACAGACCUUGAAUGUAUUUUAUGUUUCAUAUCGUGGCAACACAUCUUAACAAUAGAUUGUAAUAUUUACUGAAAAAGAUUAUUUGUACAUUGUAUUAUGGCACAGAAUUAUGAAAUGAUGAAUAAAUGUUGAGAUGUUUGAGAUCUCG